UCCAUUUUUCUUCUGCAUCUGUUUUUUUUUUUUAUGAUGCCUGGUGUGAAUCAAGACCAAUCCGACAAGGAUUCCGAACCCUUUGUCGAGAUCGAUCCGACCGGCCGUUACGGUCGUUACAGUGAACUUCUGGGGUCCGGAGCUGUCAAAAAAGUAUACCGAGCAUUUGAUCAAGAAGAAGGCAUUGAAGUUGCAUGGAACCAAGUCAAACUAAGAAACCUUUCCAACGAUCCCUCGAUGAUCGACAGGCUUUAUUCGGAGGUUCGUCUUUUAAGAUCGUUAACCAACAAGAACAUAAUUUCGUUGUACAAUGUUUGGCGAGACGAGGAACAUAACACAUUGAACUUCAUAACUGAAGUUUGCACUUCAGGGAAUUUGAGGGAGUAUAGGAAAAAACAUAGGCAAGUUUCAAUAAAGGCAUUGAAGAAUUGGUCAAAGCAGAUUUUGAAAGGCUUGGAUUAUUUUCAUACUCACGAUCCUUGUAUUAUCCACAGAGAUCUUAAUUGCAGCAAUGUUUUUGUGAAUGGCAACACUGGUCAGGUUAAGAUUGGUGAUUUGGGAAUGGCUGCGAUUGUGGGGAAGAGCCAUUCAGCGCAUUCAAUCCUCGGGACACCGGAAUUCAUGGCGCCGGAGUUGUACGAGGAACAUUACACCGAGCUCAUCGACAUAUACUCAUUCGGGAUGUGUCUGCUAGAGAUGGUGACCUUGGAAAUCCCUUAUAGUGAAUGUGAAAAUGUAGCCAAGAUUUACAAGAAAGUUUCAAGUGGUGUGAGGCCUCAAGCCAUGAGCAAGGUUAGAGAUGAAGAUGUUAAAGCAUUCAUCGAGAGAUGCCUGGCUCAGCCUAGGUCGAGGCCGUCUGCCGCCGAGCUGCUUAAGGAUCCAUUUUUUUAUGAAGUUGUUGAUGAUGACGAUGACGGUGAUGAUGAAAAUGCCUAAUUAAUUAAUGUAGUAUAUCACUCAAUUAGCCAUAGGAUUGCCUUUUGCCCUUCAAAUUUCUCUUUCAAUUUGUUCAAUUGGAUAUAACUUGGAGAGUGAAGGGUUUGAUUUAUGUUUAAUUUUGUACAUAAUUUUUUUUGGAGAGUGAAGGGUUUGGUUUAUGUUUAAUUUUGUACAUAAUUUUUUUAAUCAUACAAUAUUAAGUUUGCAUUGUGAGGAA